UUUCCAGCUCUUGUGCAGCACAACUUUUUACGCCCAGCGAGUGGGACGCUCUCUGCUGUCACCGGGAUGAUGGGGCAGGCGAACGGCUGUGUCUCACGCUGAGGCCACUUGAUCAAAGUCCCCUUUCCCUUGUUUUCCUCUUAGAACAAAGCGUUUGAGUUUAGAAAAAAAAAAUUUUUUUUUUUUGAGGCAGACACUGUAUUUGCUUUGCGAAAUCAUUUGUCAGGGUAUCUUCUCUGUGCCAACGAGAGUGCCAUGGCCAGGCGAGUUGCUGUGAUUGGAGCUGGUGUGAGUGGCCUGUCCUCCAUCAAGUGCUGCUUGGACGAGGACCUGGAGCCCACCUGCUUUGAAAGAAGUAACGACAUUGGGGGACUAUGGAAGUUUACUGAGAUGUCUAAAGAUGGGAUGACCAGGGUCUACAAGUCAUUAGUGACAAAUGUCUGCAAAGAAAUGUCAUGCUAUAGUGACUUCCCCUUCCAAGAAGAUUAUCCCAAUUUCAUGAACCAAGGAAAAUUUUGGUACUAUCUGCAAGAAUUUGCUGAGCAUUUUGACCUUCUGAAAUACAUUCGAUUUAGGACCACGGUGUGCAGUGUAACGAAGCGACCAGACUUCUCUGAAUCUGGCCAGUGGGAUGUGGUCACAGAGACAGAGGGGAAACAGGAGCGUGCCGUCUUUGAUGCUGUCAUGGUUUGCACUGGACAUUUCCUGAAUCCCCAUUUGCCUUUGGAGUCCUUUCCUGGUAUUCAUAAUUUUACAGGCCAGAUCCUGCACAGUCAGGAGUAUAGGAGCCCAGAAGGCUUUCAAGGCAAACGUGUGUUAGUGAUCGGUCUUGGAAACACUGGAGGGGAUGUUGCAGUGGAGCUCAGUCGAACGGCAGCUCAGGUACUUCUCAGUACCAGAACCGGUGCCUGGGUUAUCUGCCGCUCUUCAGAAUGGGGCUACCCAUAUAAUAUGGUGGUUACAAGAAGAUGCCUUAAUUUUAUUGCACAAGUUCUGCCCUCAUGUGUACUAAACUGGAUUCAAGAGAAGAAAAUGAAUAAAAGAUUUAACCAUGAGCAUUAUGGAUUAAGUAUUACAAAGGGGGCAAGAAAGAUCAUUGUGAACGAUGAGCUGCCAACCUGCAUCCUCUGUGGGACAGUCACUAUGAAAACCAGCGUGAAGGAGUUUACAGAGACCUCUGCUGUCUUUGAAGAUGGAACAGUGGAAGAAAACAUCGAUACUGUGAUCUUUGCUACAGGAUACACAUUUUCUUUUCCCUUUCUCGAAGAACCCCUUAAAAGCCUUUGCACAAAGAAGAUAUUCCUGUACAAGCAAGUGUUUCCUUCAAACCUAGAGAGAGCAACACUUGCUAUCAUUGGCCUCAUCAGCCUUAAAGGAUCCAUCUUAGCAGGCACAGAGCUCCAAGCACGAUGGGCCACGAGAGUAUUCAAAGGACUCUGUAAGAUACCUCCAACCCAAAAAUUGAUGGCUAAGGCUACUAAAAAGGAGCAACUCAUAAAACGGGGUGUGAUGAAAGACAUCACUAAAGACAAACUUGAGUACAUUCCAUACAUGGAUGACCUUGCUGCCUGCAUAGGCACAAAGCCCAGUGUCCCAAUUCUGUUCCUCAAGGAUCCCAGACUAGCUUGGGAAGUUUUCUUUGGACCAUGUACUCCUUACCAGUACCGCCUCCUGGGCCCUGGAAAAUGGGAUGGAGCCAGAAAUGCCAUCCUGACUCAGUGGGACAGGACACUGAAACCCUUAAAAACUCGAACUAUUCCUGAUUCCACCAAGCCUUCCUGCAUGUCACAUUACUUAAAACUUGGCGGAGUACCUAUCCUACUUGCCUCUCUUCUGUUGAUAUAUAAAUCUUCACUUUUUUUAAAAUUGGUGCGAGAUCAUCUACAGGUUAGAAUUUCCCCUUAUCUAAUUAGUAUUUGGUGAGGAUGAAUCUGAUUAAUUACAAGAGUUCUCCUAGCCACAUUAAUUCUAUCUCCAGAUAUUUCAUGCAUCCCUCCUCUCCUCUCUGCCUUAAUUUGCUAUCAUCAAAGUUCAGGUCCAAUCAAGAUCUCUUAUCUGAAUUAUUAUACUUUCUUCCUCUCUGAUCUCAAUGUCCCCUUUCUUGCCUCCUUUUCCAAUCCAUAUUCUACUCUGCUACCUGAGCAAUUAUUCUAAAAUAAUAUUGUCACUGUUUCCAUCAAGAUCUUGGUAGGAAUAAGAUUGUGACAUUCAAAUUAGGAAGUUUGUUGGAGUCAAGCCAAGGAUCACCCAGCAAGCACAAGCUGGAAGAUAGGGGAGAGGCAUGAACAGAUUCUGCCUCAGAAACUUCAGAGGGAACCAACCCUGCUGACACCUGGAUUCCAGACUCCUAGCCUCCAAAACUGUGAACAAAUAACCCGCCUGGUAUGUGGUACCUUGUGAUGGCAAUCCUAGGAAACUAACACAGACUGCUGUCAUCACAGCGAUCAGCCUCCUAAAGUAGAGACAGAGCAAAGAUGAUGGAGAGUAUAUAUGGAAGAGUAGAUGAAAAGGAUCCAGUACAGACAUAUUACUUUCCAGUUGAAAAUCCUUGAAAAUUUCUCCUUUGAUUAGAGAUAAUGGUCCAAAUUCCUUAGCCUAGAAAAAGAGACCCUUCUUGAUCCGAGCCCAUUUGCCUGAUCACCAGACUCCUGUCCUGCCCUACUUCAAACCUACCAGCCUGUGUUACUGACCUCUGAACUGCACCAUAUCUCCUCAUUUUGGCACAAGCUAUUGCCUCCAGUGGGAACUCCAACACCAAGUCUUUCAAGAGAGAGCUCAAUUAUCUCCCUCUAUGAAGCCUUCCCUGAAUCCUCAGAACAGAGUUGAUUCCCACUUUGUAAUGACCGCAUUUCGUGUACUGCUUUUCAUUGCCCUUUUGUCACUGUAGUGUAUAGUUGACCCUUGAACAUCAUGGGUGUGAACUGAAUGCGCCUAUUUAUACUUGGAUUUUUUUUUGUAAUAAAUGCAGCAGAGUCCCAUAAAUGUAUUUUCUCUUCCUUAUGAUUUCCAUAAUAUUUUCUUUUCUCUAGCUGACCUUAUUGUAAGAAUACAGUCCAUCAUACAAAUAACACACAAAAUAUAUGUUAAUUGACUACUUUAUCAGUAAGUCUUCCGAUCAACAGUAGGUUAUUGGUAUAGUAGUAUUGUUAAAUUUGGGGGAAGUCAGAAGUUUUUUGGCUGUGCAGGGGUGCAUUGUUUAAGGAUCAACUAUAAUAUUCUUUUUGAAUCUAUCUCCUAACGAAUGGUGAGUUUCUGAGAAAAACCAUAUCUUGUUCAGCUAAAACACUGCCUGAUGCAAAGUAUUGUUAAAUAAAUGUUUGCUGAUUUAA